AUGAUCCAAAUCACUUGGACAUCCCACCUCGAGCCCACCUACAAAUUAGCCGCACUCAGUGUUACAUUAGCGAACCUUUUACGGACGUACUCGCGUACUCAACCCCCUUCAGGCUAUCAUAACAGAAUCAGAUCAACUCUUGUCUUGGUAGGGCUGAACAUUUUCAACGCUGCAUCUUUGUGUAAUCUAAGAAUGGAGUUAUGGGCAUGUGGGUUCAAUGCUUGGAAUCAACUGCAAUUCGAGGGAGAUCUUCCUGAUGAGCCUGAAGAUGUCCUUAGCUUCAAACGAGUAUUAAGAGCAGAGGGAACAGUAGUAUCGAAUGAUCCCUCGGAUCUCCACAAAGAGAUAAAGGUUGCCGGUUCCCCAGAUGGAUUUUUACAAGCACGAUUAGAACAGGCCACUGGAUUGAAUAGUACACAACCCUCAGAAGAACGGACAGACUCUAAGAUACCCGAGGAUACUGCAAGUAAGGCUACCGCAGCUGGAAACGACAAGAUUGCAGCUUUCACACCAACAACCCUAAUCCAAUACCCCUCUCUUGCAGCAUACCUCUCUCAAGCCAAUCCAGACUUCACAUUCCCCGUCCCCCACAUCACACAACUCGUCUCCAACACCACCACCUUCACGGCCCUCACCCAAGAAGGAAACGUCUACACCUGGGGCGACGAACGCUAUCCCUCCUGUCUCGGCCGCGAACCCACCUCUUCAAAUCCAGCAUCUCAACCCGCCCUCCUCGCCUCUCUUGUCUCUCUUCCCACUGGACGAAUCCACAAAUUAUCUUCUUCCGGCCCCCUAACCGCCGCUCUUACCACCGGUCAUGAUCUUUACAUUUGGGGUCGCACCAAUACCCCCUCUAUAAUUCCCGAACUAAAAGACUCCUCUUCAUUUUUAUCCUCGGUCGAUUACGAUCCCAUUCCACUCGAUAUUCACGGAGCCGACAUCCUCGAUUUCAGCAUUGGUGAGAAUCACAUGUUGGUGCUGACGACGGAUGGAGAACUGUAUGUCAUUGGGGAGAAUGGGAAUGGACAACUUGGGCUCGGAGAUCGGGAGAAAGAGAGAUGCGAGGAGUGGAGGUUGGUUGAUCUAGGGUUUGAGAGAGGGAGUACGAAGAAAUGUGUAGGGGUGCGGGCAGGGUACAAGUGUAGCUUUGCACUCGUGAAGGAUCUCUCUUCAUGA